AUGUCGUUGACGAAGCUAGGUCAAACGUGCGCCCAUCUUCAGAACUGCUCCCGUGUGCGGAUGGCGCUCACGUCGAUCCCAUACAACAAGCUGCAUCUGAAGUUUGCAUACAACCUCUACAAAAAUGGAUUCUUGACGAGCCUGCAGAAAGGCUCCACCAAGGGGCCAGACGUCACCCCCGUCGAGGUGACGCCCGAUAACAUUGCAACGCGGCGCCUGUGGUUGGGCAUGAAGUAUAGAGAAAACAAGCCGGUGUUGUCGACAUGCCGGUUGGUGUCGAAGCCGAGCGUACGCAUUAUCUUGCAGGUGGAAGAGCUGAAGAAGCUGUGCUCUGGGAUCAGCGUUCGGCUGGUUAAGCCACUGCAGCCCGGAGAGCUGAUGCUGGUGCGGUGUGGCGACGAUAUCCUGGAGAUCAACGAGGCCAUUGCCAAGAGGCGGGGGGGCGAGGUCUUAUGCAGAGUUAAAUAG